ACUCCACAACAACCCAACCCAGCUUCUUCAUAAAUGCAUCACCAAUCCCUCCUUUUGUUUCGUAUUGACCGCCAUCGCCACCGCCGCCGCCGGCCCUCCGCCGCCGGAACGCUUUGCCCCUCCGCCCUCACCAUUAAUUCCUUGUUCCACCUAACUUCUCGCUCCGCAGCUAAAUCCUAUAUAUACAUAUAUAUCCUUUUAUCUGUAUAGUUUACCGCGCGUAACCAUCUAUCAAUCAUUUUGUUCAUCUAAUAGGAAUGAAGAUUUUCCGCCUCUUUUCCCGGAGAAUCGCCGCCCCUCGCGAUCCAGCGGAGCCGGUUGUGGCGUGAUUAUGCCUUCAUUCUGCUGCGUCACCAACGUUCACCAGCGGAACUCGUCGAAUUUUGCGGUGGUCUCAUCUAUGCCUCCAGCCAGGAAUGCGUCCGCCGGCGCGGGGUCCAGAUCCGGUCCAGCGAAGCAUGACAUCAACUAUCACGAUGUCGGACGGUUGAGCCAGACGACGGUGGCGCCGGCCGUGGCGGAAACCGGGCCGCUGCCGCGGGCCUUGCGUGAGCCGACGCAAUUGUCGAGCGGCGAUCAACGCGAGGUGAAGAUCAACGAUAUUGUGGGUAAUGGAAUUUGUGGUAUUCUGUAUAAGUGGGUGAAUUACGGUAAAGGUUGGCGUCCGAGGUGGUUCGUUCUGCAAGACGGUGUCCUUUCGUACUAUAAGAUCCACGGACCUGAUAAGAUCGUUGUCAGCCCAGAGACUGAGAAAGGGUCGAAAGUUAUCGGAGAUGAUUCAUUUCGGCUGAUCUCUCGUCACAAGAAUGCUGGCUCUCACCUCCGGAGGACGCCUCUUGGCGAAAUUCAUCUUAAGGUGUCAUCAAUACGCGAGAGCAGGUCAGAUGACAAGAGAUUUUCAAUAUAUACUGGCACUAAGAGGCUGCACCUGCGAGCUGAGACUCGGGAGGAUCGAUUGGCUUGGAUGGAGGCAUUGCAAGCUGUGAAGGACAUGUUCCCUAGGAUGUCCAACAGUGAACUAAUGGCUCCUGUGGACAAUGUUUCUGUGUCCACAGAAAAAUUGAGACAGCGCUUACUGGUAGAAGGUGUGAGUGAGGCAGCCAUCCAGGACAGUGAGCAGAUAAUGAGGAAUGAGUUUGCUGCAUUGCACAAUCAACUUACAUUGCUGAAACAGAAACACUGGCUCCUCCUUGACACACUGCGGCAGUUAGAGACAGAAAAGGUUGAUCUAGAGAAUACAGUAGUUGAUGAGAGCCAAAGACAAUUGAAGGAGCUGGGAUCUUCAUCUAGGUUAAGGCAAGAGAAAUCCAGUGAAGGAAGUGUGAGCGAGUCUGAAGAUGACAAUGAAAGGGUGGAUGUUGCAGAGGAAGAAACAGAUGAUGAGGACAAUGCAUUCUUUGACACUCGAGAUUUUCUCUCCUCAAGUUCUUUUAAAAGCAGUGCAUCUGAUUUGCGAGCAUUGUCUUUAUCUUCUGAUGAAGAUAUUUAUGCUUUUGAAUCUGAAGAUGAUAUUGACCCUUCCAUUAAAUCUGCUGGGAAGAACUUCACUUAUGUUAAGCGUCGGAAGAGAUUGCCCGAACCUGUUGAGAAGGAGAAGGCAGUAAGUCUCUGGUCCAUGAUUAAAGACAAUAUUGGAAAGGACCUGACAAAAGUUUGCCUUCCUGUCUACUUUAAUGAACCUCUCUCUUCGCUGCAAAAGUGUUUCGAAGAUUUAGAGUAUUCAUAUCUUCUUGAUCGGGCAUAUGAAUGGGGGAAAAGAGGUAAUAGCCUUAUGAGGAUUUUGAAUGUUGCGGCAUUUGCUGUAUCUGGGUAUGCUUCAACCGAAGGAAGACAUUGCAAGCCAUUUAAUCCACUAUUGGGAGAGACAUAUGAAGCUGACUAUCCAGAUAAAGGCCUUCGGUUUUUCUCAGAGAAGGUUAGUCACCAUCCAAUGAUUGUAGCAUGCCAUUGUGAGGGUACAGGAUGGAAAUUCUGGGGAGAUAGCAAUCUUAAAAGCAAGUUUUGGGGUCGCUCAAUUCAGCUUGAUCCUGUUGGUGUGUUGACCUUGGAAUUUGAUGAUGGAGAAGUUUUCCAAUGGAGUAAGGUAACGACUUCCAUAUACAAUCUAAUAUUAGGAAAACUGUACUGUGAUCACUAUGGCACCAUGCGUAUACAGGGGAACCGCAACUUCUCUUGUAAGCUAAAAUUCAAGGAACAAUCUAUCAUAGACCGCAAUCCUCACCAGGUACAGGGGAUGGUUCAGGAUAGGAAUGGAAAAAUAGUGGCAACUUUAUUUGGAAAAUGGGAUGAGAGAGUGCAUUUCAUGAAUGGAGACUGCUCUGGUAAGGGGAAAGGACCUGAACUAGCAGAAAGCCGUUUGCUAUGGAGUCGUAGCAAGCCUCCAACAUAUCCCACUAAAUAUAAUCUCACUCGCUUUGCCAUCACAUUGAAUGAGCUCACUCCUGGAUUGAAGGAAAAGUUGCCGCCCACAGAUUCGAGGCUCAGACCUGAUCAGAGAUGCUUGGAGAAUGGGGAGUAUGACAAAGCUAAUUCUGAAAAGUUGCGGCUUGAGCAGAGGCAGCGGCAGGCUCGGAGGAUGCAAGAAAGUGGGUGGAAGCCAGGGUGGUUUAGGAAGGACAAAGGAAGCGACACUUACCGGUAUACUGGUGGUUAUUGGGAGGCUAGAGAAAAGGGCAACUGGGACUCAUGCCCUGAUAUAUUUGGCAAUUUCACUUCUGAUCAGACGACGACUGAUUGAGUAUGUUCACUCUGUUUUUAUUUUUUUUGGUUCGCCUGAUUGAUUAUGCUUUUAAUUUUGUCUUUUGCUCUUUCAAUAUUUUCAUGAUGUGUUUGUUAGAUAGAUAGGCUGCGGAUGAUUGAUGAUAUGAGAGCCAUUUAGGGUCGGGUCGGGUCGGGUACUAUGCAGGUAAACUACAAACACAGGGGUUAGGGCGAGUAUGAAAGGUCCGACUUCCAUUUGAUGCUUUCUUAUUUCAAACUUUAUCCUGUUGUUGAAAAUGUAGAGAUGCUCUUUUGGUUUCAUUCAGAUCCAGAUCUCUCACGGAAGGCUAAGUCCUUAAAAAAAAUCCUUGAAUUCAACUUUGAUUCGUGUCAGCUUUGGUUUGAAUUCACGGGAAUUGGGGGAAAUACUUAUUAGCAAUGCUUAGUCUUUUAUUCUGCA